CCCCUGCCCCUCAGCCAGAGGGCGGAGGCAGGGGGCCAUGGCGCCGUAACAGCCGUCAACGGACGCAGGCCCCUCGCCAUGAGCAGCGUGGCCCCUCCAGAGGGCAGAGUUCAGGGGGCAAACUUCACCCCGCUUCACUACAAGCCCUUCAGCUCGCAUGAGCACUACCAGCAGGUGAUGUGUGCUUUGCAGAAGCUCCAGGAGAGCGGCUUUUACUGGGGCGCUGUUGGAGCCCGGGAGGCCAACUCCAUGCUGCGCUCUGAACCUCCCGGCACCUUCCUGGUCCGCGACUCGUCGGACCACCACCACUUCUUCACCUUGUCCGUGCAGACAGCUCGAGGAACGAAGAACGUGCGCAUCCACAGCGAGGGAGGGGGCUUCUUCCUGGAGCCAGACCCUCAAAAGUCCCACGAGCCUCCUCAGUUCGACUGUGUGCUGAAACUCAUAGCGCACUACAUGGGGAAAGGGAUGGAUACGGGAAGGACGAGAGAUGGGGCCAAUGGAGACGAUUCGGGAGAUGCAAAAAAAAAGGGACGCACCGUUUAUCUGAUCCACACUGGGAAAGAGAAAAUCCCCCUGGAGUUGCUGAAGCCCCUCUUAAGUUCUCUCUCAUCCUUGCAGCACAUGUGCAGGAGGACGUUAAACAACGGGGGCCUCGCGGCGUUGGGGCGAACUGAACAACUUCCACAGACACUUAAAGACUUCUUGGAGAAGUACGAUGCUCCUAUAUGACUGACCGGAACUGCAGAGGUUCUACUACACGGACCACGUGCCUGGAGGAGCACAGACCAGUUCUCAGCUUGAAUGAGAACGUUUGCGCCACCAGAAACUGACCAGACUGAGCCUUAGAUACUAAUAUAAGGUUGUUUUUUUUACCCCGUAGUGGCCAGAAUCAGACCGUUUCAUAGCUUUUUAACCACCGAUGGACAUUAAAGUCCUGGAUUAGGAGUGUGAUUUGGGUAACCAACAAUUACCUCGUCCAUCCUGCCUUAGAGAAGCUAGCGCGAGUGGCAGAUAGAACCAGAGGUCAAAGGAUUUCUUAUGAACGACUCAGACGCAGAGCAGUGUCUCGUAGAUUAACCUGGUUGAUGUAAGCAAUGAAAGUGAAGGCGUUACCAGUGAGCUUGUUGUGUUAAAGGAGAAUCCCAUUGUGUCAGCAUAACAUUCACUACCCUGGACAGGGAGAGAGGGAGGCAGACGACAAAGCAAAGAGGCUGAGAAAAGCUGGAGGCAAAAUCCGAACGAGGAGGCCCGACGCACAGUGUUUGUUUGUCUGUGUGUUGUGGUUUUGCACAUAUUUCCAUCGCCGUUUCCCGCAAACGUUGCAACAUGGAGAGGAGUGGGCUGGCCAUGCAUGCUGGCUCCAUACGCAAUCAUGCAGGUACAGGCCCACAUGGAGGUUUUGUUAGCGUGGGACAAAAAAAGACGUAAUUACAAAGCAUUUCUCUUGCUCCCUUUUUGUUUUGUUGUCCUCAUCCUCCCAUCGUCUUGCCCUCUGUUCGUUGCUUUGAGCCAUAGUUAGGCGACGGGACCAAAAUGUUGCCUUUAUCUCUAAAGCGUUGGCAACAAUAUAUUGGGAAUUGGGAAUUUUAUUCCCUGGGACAGCAAUAGGGAGUAAAAUGAUCAUUUGAAGAGUAAAAGGAGCAGGAAAUGGGAUUAAGGAAGAGAAAUUAAAAACAACAAGGGUGGUGAGACAUACUGGUAUAUAACUCAACAAAAACCAUUGAUUUAAUUGAUGGGGUUCUACCAGCUGGUGUGAAAGUCUUAAUUGUGCCCUCAUAGAUAAAUUACCCAAUUUCUUCUACUAAAAUGGCCUGGCAUGCCUGAGUCAGCUCACUCCCUUCUGGUUGUGCUUACAUCAUUCAUGAGAGGAAAAGUGCUGUUCUAUCAACCAUUGUUUGACUUUUCUUUCCCAUCAUCGCCUCCAGAAAAAUAUCAUUUUGUCUGAAGGGAACAAAAGACUUCCCAUAAGUGAUUCUUAAAAAAAAAAAAAAGCCUUUUGUAAAACAAAUAGGAAGACUCAGCUCUGACCCAGAUUGUGUUUCACUUGUGUUUGCUCCGUGCUCAUAGUCGCCCGUGAUCCAUAUUGGAGCCGUUUUUACACCCGAGAACAUUUUGUGAGUUCACGUAGCCAUGGUGACGCACGUGCUCGCGUUUUGUUCUGGUCAGAACUGGGUCUUGCUCUCUCGACGUCCCAAGUUCUUGACGGCGGACCACGCGUUCGUGAACCAUUUUGUCUUUUAUAAAGACUCUUGCAAAAGGCUGGCCACAAGUCUGGCGAAGUACAAGCUGUAAUACCUGAAACGACAAAGCAUUACGAAAUAAAUGAAAAAAGGAACGUUGCACAUAUUUAUAUUUCUAAGAUAUUUCAAGUAAUUUAUAUUAAAGAGCACUAUUUUUACAA